CUGAUCUGCAAGCACCCCACACUAACUGUGGGCAAUGAACAUGGUGGCAGUCAGGGGCGGACUGACCAUUUGGAAAACUCGGGCACUGCCCGAAGGCCGGGGUCAGUAGGGGGCCCCAUGAGAUACCCCUGGUACCUUUUUCAUAGGCUUUUUUGAGUUUGGGCAAGGACACAGGGGCCCCAUGAUCCCCUAUUGCCCGGGGCGUUGGCCCCAUGAGUUGUCAGUCGCCCCUGUUCUAGGGGUUAAAGCAGGUGGUGAGGA